ACCACAUCGUCUGGGAGCAAAUGCUUUUCCUGCCGGUCUGCAGCAGAACGCGACAAAUGGAUGGAGAAUUUGCGACGAGCGGUGCACCCGAACAAGGACAACAGUCGGCGAGUCGAGAACAUGCUCCAGCUGUGGAUUAUUGAAGCCAAAGAACUGCCCGCGAAGAAGCGCUACCUGUGCGAACUCUGCCUGGAUGAGGCGCUCUACGCCCGCACCACCUGCAAGCUGAAAACGGACAAUGUCUUCUGGGGGGAGCACUUUGAGUUCAACAACCUCCCGCCCCUGCGGAGUAUCGCCGUGCACUUGUACAAGGAGACGGACAAGAAGAAGAAGAAAGACAAGACCAACUUCAUCGGGAUGGUCAGCAUCCCGGCCGGCUCCGUCACGGGGCGCCAGUUUGUGGAGAAGUGGUACCCGGUGGUGACGCCCAACCCCAGCAAGGGCAAAUCCGGGGGGCCCAUGAUCCGCAUCAAGUCGCGCUACCAGAGCAUGAGCGUGCUCCCCAUGGAAACGUACAAGGAGUUUGCGGAGUACGUCACCAACAACUACAUGGUCCUCUGCUCCGUGCUGGAGCCGAUGCUCAGCGUCAAGAACAAGGAGGAGAUGGCCUCGGCCUUGGUCCACAUCCUGCAGAGCACGGGAAAAGCCAAGGACUUCCUGACGGACCUCAUGAUGUCCGAGGUCGACCGCUGUGGGGAAAACGAGCACCUGAUCUUCCGGGAAAACACACUGGCCACCAAAGCCAUUGAGGAGUACCUGAAGCUGGUGGGCCAGAAGUACCUGCAGGAUGCCUUGGGCGAGUUCAUCAAGGCGCUGUACGAGUCGGACGAAAACUGCGAGGUGGAUCCCAGCAAAUGUUCUUCCUCGGAUCUCCUGGAGCAUCAGAGCAACUUGAAGAUGUGCUGCGAACUGGCCUUUUGCAAGAUCAUCAACUCCUACUGCGUCUUCCCCCGGGAGCUGAAGGAGGUUUUCGCCUCCUGGCGCCAAGAGUGCAGCAGCCGCGGCCGGCCGGACAUCAGCGAGCGCCUGAUCAGCGCCUCCCUCUUCCUCCGCUUCCUCUGCCCGGCCAUCAUGUCGCCCUCCCUCUUCAACCUGCUCCAGGAGUAUCCGGAUGACCGCACUGCCCGGACGCUGACCCUCAUUGCCAAGGUCACCCAAAACCUGGCCAAUUUUGCCAAGUUUGGGAGCAAGGAAGAGUACAUGUACUUCAUGAACCAGUUUCUGGAGCACGAAUGGACCAACAUGCAACGCUUCCUCCUGGAGAUCUCGAACCCGGAGACCCUCUCCAACACGGCCGGCUUCGAGGGCUACAUCGACCUGGGCCGGGAGCUGGCCACUCUGCACUCCCUGCUCUGGGAGGUGGUGGCCCAGCUGGACCAGAACACAGCGACCAAGCUGGGCCCCUUGUCGCGCCUCCUCAGGGACGUCAACGCGGCUCUGAGCAACCCGUCCUGCGUGCAGGUCUCGGUCACCAGCGACCCGUCUGCCUCCACCCCAAACGCCGGCAACGGCAUCUCGGUGGGGCUGCAGAAGAUGGUCCUGGAGAGCGACCUCUCUGGUCUGAUAGAUUUCACACGCUUACCGUCUCCAACCGCUGAAAACAAGGACUUGUUUUUUGUCACAAGGUCUGUGGGGGCUCAGCCGUCGCCCGCCCGGAGCUCCAGCUACUCGGAGGCCAAUGAGCCCGACGUCCAGAUGGCCAAUGGCAGCAAGAGCCUCUCCAUGGUGGACUUGCAGGACAAUCGCCUUUUGGAUGGCGGGGGCGGUGGGCUGGGGGCCGCCGAAGCGCUCCCCGAGAGCCAUCCCUCUGCCGGGCAGGCCUGGGCCACGCGGACUCAACCGAGCGGCGCCACGGGCACUGCCACCGUGCGACGCUCUGCACAGACGCCCACCACACCCAACGCCGAGAACGCCCCGGGCCGGCCGCAGCUGCUGGCCCCCCUCUCCUUCCAGAACCCCGUCUACCAGAUGGCGGCCGGCUUGCCGCUCUCCCCCCGGGGACUGGCCGACUCGGGCUCUGAGGGCCACAGCUCACUCAGCUCCCACAGCAACAGCGAAGACUUGGCCGCGGCCACCAAGCACGGCUUCGGCAACCCCGGUGGUGUCCCAGAGGACUUUGCCCGGCGUGCUGGAGAACUGGCCCGCCGGCAGCUCUCGGUGGCCGAGAAGGGUGGGCAGCCGACGAUGCCCAGGCAGAACAGCGGUGGCCCACAGCGGCGGAUAGACCAGCCCCCGCCCCCACCUCCGCCCCCUCCCAUCACUCGGGGCAGGACCCCUCCUUCCCUGCUGAGCACCUUGCAGUACCCCCGGCCGGCCAGCGGGGGCCUGCUUUCCUCCUCGCCCGACUGGCCGGGCAGCGGUGCCCGCCUGCGCCAGCAGUCCUCCUCUUCCAAGGGAGACAGUCCGGAAAUGAAGCAGCGCACCAUGCACAAGCAGGCCCCUUCUCCCGUGAACCCCAAUGCGCUGGACCGCACGGCCGCCUGGCUCCUCAACAUGAACGUGCAGUUUCUGGAAGAGGAGAACGCCGAGCCGGAAUGCAAGCUCAGGAGUAAGGAGGAGCUCAGCCAAGAGGAGAAGGAGAAACGCAUCGCCUCCUUGGACGCGGCCAACGCCCGGCUCAUGAGCGCCCUCACGCAGCUGAAAGAGAGGUACAGCACGCAAACCCGCAAUGGCAUCUCCCCCACCAACCCGACUAAAUUGCAGAUCACCGAGAGCGGUGAAUUCCGGAACAGCAGCAGCUGUUAACCCAGGGGACCGGCUGCUGCGGGCGCGCGGGAGCGAGAGGACAGCCAAGCCGAGCGCUCAGGAGGGGCGAGCUGCCUGGCACGGGCCUGGCACUCCCCUUGUCCACCUCCUCCAGCGGGAAAGCCAAGUGGACCCCCAGCCCUCCUCGCCGGCGGCCCCUGGCCCAGCAAUGGCGCUGAUUUGCACAGGAGCCUCCAACCGAGCAGGAGUGAAGCCAGUUGCCCAAAGAAGAUGCUUCAGCAGGUCACUUCCAGGAAUGCAGAGGGACUAAUGACACACCCAGCACUCUGUUACAGCGAGUUCUCCCUGACCUGUCACCACUCCUGGCACUGCCACCACCCUGGGAUUUGCCCUGCGAGGCACCGCCACGUCCCUCCGAGUGCUCGUUCAGUGCCAGGGGCCUCGUCCCCCUUCGUCCGGGGCAUGGCACCUCCUCCCAGCCCUAGCAGACCUUAUCAGGGAACGGAGGAGGAACUGGGGCAGCUCUGGGGCUCCAUCGUGGGCAGGAGGCAUCUCUGCAGAUGUGUUGUUUGAUAUUCUCUGUGUGAGUCCCUGAAGAACGCCCACUAGCCAGAAAACCUCAACCCCAGCCAGAAAGUUCAAACUCUGUUUAAAGAUGUUUCUCUCUCUCUCUCUCGGUUUAAGUUUGCAGAAUUAAUUUGGGGGUCAACUUUUAUCAGCACGGAUCUCCUCUUCCAGCACUUAGCCGCCAACCCCACCCCUCCCCACAAGCAUUUCUGCCCCCAGGGCUGGAGACAAGGCCAAAAAUGACGGGGAGAGGGCAGAAGGUAGCAUCGGUUCGAUGCAGCCAGGAGCGAGACUGGCCAUCGUGCAUCCAGGGACAGGUUGGGCACUCCGUCUUCUGCAAACGCACCGAAUGAACUCGGCAUCAGAAGGCCUGUUUUGGUCACCUUUAGGCUGGCGAGACCCAACACGUUGGGAAAGGAGGUGAACGCUGCAGAAGAACCCCUCCUCCCCCUUGCCCAGCCCUGCCCAAGCAGCCAAAGGGAGAGCCCGCCUGGGCAUUUUGGAGAUCCUGGUGUCCCAGGGAAAAGGACGGGCACGAGGGCUGUUUUGCUGUGCCAAACAAGAACAGUGAAAGAAAUUGCCACUAAAGGAAACUCUGAAGCCCAAGGAACAAAUCCACAGCGGGGCACAGUGCAAUAGUGUGCCAGGGGAUGGCAAGGCAGCCAAACCUCUGGCGGUGUUCGCAAAAGGCAGGAACCAACCGCUUUGCCAGCCGGGGCCUCCGGGGAGGGAUAACGGCUGCCCCCUCCACUUCCUAGCACCCAGGGAGCUGCCGUCCCACAGAUGGGGAGGACCCCCAUUUCUCUAGAAAGCUGCUCACAAAGUGGGGGGGAGGUUGGGUCUGCUUGGCGGGGCCUUUCGUGCUCCAACUGGCCGGGGAGGGUCCCGUUUCUCCAUGUAUGGCAGGUCCCUGCAUGGUGGCUGCCGGGGAAGCACCGGAGGACGAAAACUGACGGCCUCCCUGCCGUACGAGGGCCGGUAACCCGCUUUCUUUUUUCUUCCACAGUCUGCGUUAGGAAUAAAACGGCCCAAAGCCCAAAGCAGACCUUUCUGGAGUCCUCUUCCUCUUUUCAGGGGGGUUCAUGUGGGUCCUGCGUGGGAAGCUUGCCACCUCGACGAGGCCGCACAAAAGAGAGUAAACGAGCCAAGGACGCGCCCUCGGAAAAAAGUGCCGCCUCCCCUUUCCCCUAAUCUGAACUGCUGGGCAGCCCUAGCCGGGCUGGUGGGCCUUGGCAGGGCGGUCCGUUGUGAGACGGGUGUGGGUGCGAGGUUUGUAGGAGGCAGCCGCCCCCACGGAGGAAGGUGAAAGAAGCCGGACGUUGGAUCCCUCUUGCGGCAAUCGCUUCUCCGCUACCGUCCGGCUCGGCUGCGUGCAAACUCUGGCCCCGGGCCCUUUCCCAGAAGACCCGGAGUUUAAUACUGACAACAACCUCCCCCCCACACCUGGUGAUCCCACCUGGGUCCGAACAUCCGCAGACAAUCAUGCUCCUUUUCUGCACCCUGCUUUCUCUCUCUCUCUCUCUCUUUCUCUCUCCCUCCCUCCCUCCCUCUCUCUCUCUCUCUCUCUCUGGGACGAAGGAACCAAUGCAACACUGAAUACCUCCAAAUAGUCAUUUCCCCAGGUGGCCAUUUGUAAGGCGGGUGCCCAUCACCGAGAAGGGUGCAUGCAAACUAGAGCACAGAUUUCCUAGGGCAUGGUGCCCAGGCAGGGUCUUAGGCAGCCUGGGCAAAGGGGCAGGGGACCGGGCACCUUUCCUUGCCAACUGCUCCCAGGUGUCAUGAGGUCUUGAGGGGCCUUGCCAUCCCGGAGCCUCAGUGUUCCAAGUAUCAUGUAGAAUUAAAUUGGAGUCCAAGGCAAAACAAUCCUUAAAGUUCCAAUUUAAUAAAGCCCAUCUUCUCUCCAAGUGGGGCAUUCCUCCUAAGCCCUUCCCAGCCAGCCGUACCUUAAGUAAAUGGGCAUCUUCCACUGUGCUGCCCUUGGCCCUGCUGGAGACUUCCCAGGCCACUGGGAACAUUUGCCAAAUGCCAGGUCACAAAAGCUGGAGCCUGCCCUCUCGCCUCGCCCGCCAGAGGUCUAAGAUGGCAGGAGGGCACCCCUGUGUCAUCCGGGGUUCAGGCCAGCCUCUGGGUGCUCGACCGGAUUUCCUCGCUUCCUCACCCCUCAAGGCUAGGCAGGUGGGAGGGCACCCCAGCUCCGUCCUCCCAAACUGAGAGAGAGAGAGGCCUCCACUGCCCUUUCGUUCCUCGGGUGGUGGAGGGCAAAACCCCCCCCCCUUUUCUCUGUUCUAAAACUUUCUGCCAUAUGAACUCGUUACGAUCUGCGAGGUUUUCAUUUUUUUACAACUAAUCCUUAUAUAAUACACUGAUCUUUAGAACUUGUACAGGUUCCCCUUUGUAAAAUGGAGAAAGUUUGUUUUCAAAAGUAUCGAAUAUAAUGUGCCAUUUUUUAAAAUUUCAUUUUGCCUGACAAUACAAAAAAAACAACGGGCUGCUUUGGUUUAGGGGAGCUGAGCCCAAGGGUUUACAGCCACGCCGGGUGUGUGUGUGUGUGUGUGGGAGAAACGGGGCUGGCUGUGUCCAAACGCCCCCUUUGAAAACCCAAAUGGGGGGGGGGGUCUGGUGGCCCAGAGUCCCUUUUCCUUCGUGGUUCCUGCUAAAUUCUGGAGGAAGAAAACAUUUGAUACCAAAAAGGCGAAGGGGUUUUUCCCCCAAGGCGGCAGGAUCCUUUCCGAAUUUGACACCCGGGCUGAGCCAGCUGGGUGGGAACAGCACGGAGUUCCUGAAUCCAAGACCCUGUGGGGGGUGGGGCACCCCACAACUGUAACCCAUGAUGAAAAGGAACCAGGGGGGCUGGGUCGGCCCCAAAUGCAUGUCCUGGUAAAAAAAAACUCACUGAAUGGCUCUUGGGAAGGUGGGCACCUUUGGUGCCAGAGCCUGCUCAGGUCAAGAACAAAUGGUGCCAAGUUUUAGUCGAAUCUUUAACCAGGGAGUCUGGUCCUCCUCUAACCAAGGGGGGACGGUCUCUUCUGCUGCUUUGGGCAUGGAGAGAGUUUGCCCCACAUCCCCCUCCAUCACAGCCCUCGUUGGGGGUUGGGGAAGCCACAGGGGCCCAACUAGCUCCUUGCUGGCCAUCUCUGCCCAGCACGAUACCCUGGAGGGAUUUGGCUUGGCCCCAGGACAAAGCAUCCCCCUCCUCUUCCCCUUGGCAGCCAAGCCCACGUACCUGGGCAUUCAGGGUGCAGAAGGUGGGCAAAAGGAAAGCAGCCGCUCGUGGCUUUUCCCACCCAGCCCUCGUUCUGCCCCACUUGCCAUACUAUGCCACAAGGGUCUGCGUGGCACUUGAAGGGACCCAGUUAUUGCCCACCCCCCACUACCCAGAAGAUAGGAGAUAAAAAGCUUCACCCAAACCCCCAAGGUGGGUGGGUGGUCUGCUGGCGAAGGACAAAUGAUUUAUCAACCAAACGGAACUCCCCGAGGUUGCUCUGUCUCCAUGUGGUCUCCUUUCCCCUUCUCCUCCCCUCUGGACAACAGCACUGUGUCUUCAAAUAUACCUCUCUGGCGCCCCCCAAGAGCGUCCCGGGUCCCUCUUGUUCCCUCUUCAAACCCGUCUCCGUGUUUUAUAGGCUCUUCUAAAAGAAACCAAGCAAAAAAAUAUGACAAUAAUAAUGAAAUAAUUUUUGUAAGUAUGUUUAAUAAAAUAAUAACGAAUAAUAAUAAUAAUAUUAAUAAUAAUAAUUAUGAAGCAGGACUUGCUGAGAUGUUUCCUUCAGUUUUGCUGUCAAAUAAUGUACAGAGAACGUAGUUUGUGUCCACAGCAGAGAACCAUGACGUGUGCGUGCCAUUUAUGUACAUUUGCAAUUAGAAAAAAAAAAUAUUAAAGAUUUAUUUAGCUA